AGGGAAUCGAUAGCUAGCUUAGAUUUGAAGUGAGAGAGAUUAGUGUGUGUGUGUGUGUGUGCUAACUAUUAAUUAAGAUUACGUUGAGAAGAGGCGCGCAAAAAUGGAAGUAUCAUCGGUUCAGAAGCUCUGUGAAUACUUAAUCUCUUGUGCUACUCAACGAUGUCGCAUGACCCAACAUUAUUGCAGACUUGCAGUAGUAGUAGUAGUCCUCAAGUAUGAUCGUCAUCCUUCCCUUCGAAUCUCAGUUUCGGAUACCGGCAUUGGCAGCUCUCUUGAAGAGUUCAAUUGCUUGAAAUACACAACAUUAACAUAUCCUGCUUCUACUGAAAACUGGGAUGGAAUGAUGUCUCUCACAACUACCCGUAUCAAUGACAAUGAGAUAUACCACUAUUCUCUGAAUCUUAAUGAAACUUCUUCUACAAGGCUAACAAAGCUACCUUCAAACUCCAAGAAUGGCACAAACUUCAGUGGAACUGAAGUAACUUUCUUCACAUCUGGAAUUGCUCUAAAGGAGCUCAAGUGCUUCAUUAACAAGAUUCUCGUUUUGAAGAUUCAGAACAUUGCAAUUGAACUAGUCGUUGAUAACGGAGGGCCUUCCAGAUCACAUUGUGAGCAGAUACUAAAAGCUAAUGAAUGUGCUGCUUCAUCUGAAUCAAACAUUGAACGUUUGAUAUCUGGCUUUGAAGAUUAUGUCUUGAAGCAUGGGAAUAUCUUAGAUGAUAAAUGUGUCUCAUGUUCAUCGAGUGGAUGUCCUCUAAAAGUUGGCAGUGGGACUGUUUGUACUCCAGAACACAAAAAGAAUACUGGAAUGGUCUUAGAAGCAGUUGUCAUAAUCAGUGAAAUAUUGGAGGCAACAACUUCACAGUGCUGCUGCACAGGAUAUGACACAAGAACAGAGGUAUUAUACUUUGAGGACUUUUCACCUUCAGAAAUCACUCAAGGGUCUCUGAAUGCAUUAAGUAUCAUAAACUGGGCGGCUUAUGGACUGAAACUUAAAGGCAUCACUGAGAAAGACGGUUAUGGAUUGAUGGAAUGGGAUAAUUUGGCACCAAAUGUCCAUAUUGGUAUUGUGCUGCACUAUUACCAUGAAGGAGAGAUCAUGAUGCCGUCUGACAUGAAAAAGGCACGAGCUGGUAAAUCUAUCACAGGGAAAGCUGUUAAGCUUGCGUUAACUGAUCUGAAGCAGAAAAAUUCUGGGGUUCUUCUCAGUACGCGUGCAAAGAAGAUUUGCAGUACUUAUGCCCCUGAUCUGGCGAGAACAGUGGCUGGAUUAGUAGUGUCUUCUUGUGACACGAAAUUCCAAGAAGAAUGCCUUUCUGUUCUUGGUUUGAAGAUUGAUCAAGUAGAAAAAGCUGAAGAUGUUGAAAACCGCAUUAAGGCGAUGAUUGUAUCCGUCAUAGAGAGGAACGAUACAACAAAUCCCAAGAGAGGAUCACGAGAAGCUGCAUCUUAUCUGUUUGAAGAAAACUGCUCCCUGGAGCCAGCAGAUUUUCUGGAUGAAGAAUACUGCCAAGAAGAAGAAGAAGAGUAA